GGUAUAAAAGUCAACGUAUACUUGCAUUUGCCACACAAUAGUUGAUCACAACUUGACACAAAAUUAUUUUAAGUUUAUUUAUACUAAACGUUGUAAAUUUAUUGCGAGAAAAUGCCGAUCGAUCUGUACUUCGCUACCUUAAGCCCACCGUCUCGGGCGGUGUUAAUGACACUCAAACAGCUUAAACUCGAUGUUAAUGUCAUUGAUGUGAACUUCCAAAAAGGGGAACACUUGACAGAGGAAUAUCUUAAGAGGAACCCGCAGCACACUGUGCCCACUCUUGUGGACGAUGGCUUUUCUCUUAGCGAGAGUCGAGCCAUUAUGCAGUACUUGGUCUCAAAGUAUGCGCCAAACAGUGCUCUCUAUCCGACCCAUGACCUCAAGAAGAGGGCACACGUCGACCGACUUCUCUACUAUGAUAUGAGCAUUGGUUACGCCAUACGGGACGCAGUGAUGAUCAAAGUAAUGAGAGGAGUGGAACCACACGAGAAUUCUGUCAAAAAUUUCAAAAACAAUUUCAAAGUUUUGGACACUUUUAUCGGUGACAACAAAUACGUGGCCGGAAAUGAGCUGACAAUCGCCGACAUCUCCUAUCUGUCAACUCUGACGGCUCUGGCGCUCAACGAUUACAAAGAAUUGGAUGACUUUCCGAAUGUGAAGAACUGGUUCUUCAGAGUGCAGAAAGAAUUGCCAUAUUUUAAUGAAUACUUGGUCUCUAAAUAUGCGCCAAACAGUGCUCUCUAUCCGACACAUGACCUCAAGAAGAGGGCGAAUGUGGACCGACUUCUCUACUAUGAUAUGAGCAUUUGGUACGCCAUUCGGGACGUUGUGAUGAUCAAAUUGUUUAGAGGCGAUGAUCCGCAUCCAAACGCAGUUAAAAAUUUUCACAACAAUUUCACAGUUUUGAACAAUUUUAUCGGCGAUAAUAAAUAUGUGGCCGGAAAUGAGUUGACAAUCGCCGACAUCUCGUAUUUGGCAACUCUUACGCCGCUUUCGAUCAAUGAUUACAAACAAUUGGAUGACUUCCCGAAUGUGAAGAACUGGUUCUUUAGAGUACAGAAAGAAUUGCCAUAUUUUGAAGAAGUGAAUGGAAAAGUACCGCAACUUUUCAAACAAUUUACCGCCGCUAAGAACGCUAACUCCUAUCAACGGAAAGCAUACAACAAAAUCUCGGAUAAUAUUAGUAAAAAUAAAAUGACAAUUGACUUAUACUUUCUAAGCCUAAGCCCUCCGUGUCGGGCCGUCUUAAUGACUGCCAAACACCUCAACAUCGAUGUGAACAUCAAAAAUGUUGAUUUCUCUAAAAGCGAGCACAUGAGCCCCGAAUAUCUUAAGCUAAACCCGACCCAUAAAGUGCCGACUAUAGUGGACGACGAACUCGUGCUGUUUGAGAGUCGAGCCAUUAUGCAAUAUCUGUGCAAUAAAUACGCGCCCAAAGACUCCCUAUACCCGUCAGACCCGAAACAAAGGGCAUUAGUCGACCGAUGGCUUAACACUGAUUUGUCCUACUUCUUGGCCACCGCUGAUGUACUCGUAUGU